AUGAAAGCUACUCGGCUACUUGGAAUUCUAUUCAAUAAAGCGACCGACACUUUUCCUGUUUCACCUUCACUUACUGAUAUUCUUGUGUCGCUUACUGAGGCACUUCGUGCUAAUAGCAAGGAGACUAAAUUCAAAUUAUAUUUAUUGCAAGCCAUCGGUGAAAUUAUGAUAUUUAUUGCUGGUCGAACACCAGAUAAUUCUCUUGUGCCUGGUUUCACAUAUCAAUUAAUUGUUCGUUGUCUCAAGGAUGGUGAUGAUACUGCACUUAAUCAUGCUGCAUGUAAAAUAAUUGAAAAUCUUCUACUUGUUGCUGAUAAACAAGCAGAUAAAUUGGCAACAUCUGAUGUUGCUGUUGCACUGUGGAAUAUUGCUAGUACUGUUGGUAAUAAUGAACAUAUCCGUGCUUCGGCUUUAGCUGCAUUAUGUCAUAUGGGUUUAUCCUAUCUUGAUAUUGUUCAAUCAGUAUUUGAUAAAGUGAAUAUCAAAGGCGAUAUAUUUCAAACAACAUCAUCGAAAGUUCUUCAAUAUAAUACAACACUUUUAGCUAUUCUAGCGAAACGCACGAAGAAUCGUACAAUGUUUAUACAAGAUAUACUACCAAAAAUGAAUGUUCUAUACGAAAACACAAAUAUACUCACUCGUGCUAAAGCAUAUACUUUAACGUACGUUCUAUUAUCAACUUACAGUGAAAGUCUUUUUACAUUAAGUGACACAAAACUUUUUCAAGCCAUCGAGCGUGAUGUUCGUCGUACAUCAGCAGAUCCCGAUGAAAAUGAUUUAUUGCAUGAAUCACUGAAUCGUUUAACUGCACUUUUAUCAAGUCAUGUAAAUCGAAUAUUAGAUGAACUUUUAACAUCUACUGAACAAACAAGAAAAACGUCAUCAGCUAAAGAUGCAUUUAAAAAAUGGUUACCAUCAUUUCGUUUGAUUUCAAUAAUUAUUGGAAAUCAUUGUAUUCGCUCCCGGGUAGUCACAUUAAUGUCUAUUAAAAAAUUAUUCAAACUUUUUUCUAAUAUUAAACUCAUCGCAGAAUUAAACACGGAAUUAAUCAAAGGCCCAUCAUCAUUAACUGAAAUCAUAUCUUAUGUAUCGCAAACAUUAGAUGCUUUUGUUCGUGCUCGUGAUCUACUAUCGCUAUUUAGCGAAAUACUUCUUACUGAUCUUCUUCCACUUUGUUCACAAUUACUCGUUUCAUCAAAUGUUGAUGAAUUUUCUCUUUGUGCUCUAUGCAUUCUUAAUGAAUUAUUAACUGAAUUAAAAUUAACGGACUGUGUUCUACCGAGUCAUGUGCAACGUGAUAUAAAACAAGAAUUACAUCAAACAUUUUUAUCAAUUAUUUGUGAUCGACAUAUACUUCGUGAAGAGCCCAUUGCAUUGCUUAGCCUACGUUUUAUUCAAACAAUAUGGACACUAAUUGAUCAUACAUCUACACCAUUUUCAAUUCAAUCGCAAUCGAAUCUUAUUUCAAAUCUAUUCACUCUUAUUAUGCAAAAUAAAGAUAAAUCAACAGGCACAUUUAUGCAAGGUAUUGCUUCAUGUUUAACAACAUUAUCAGAACAACGAGAAAUAAUUCAGACAAUGAUUGAACAAGGUUUGGUAUCAAUUCAACUUCAAUUAAUUCAAGAUCAAUUAGCUUCAUCAUCAACUGAUCGAUCUGUAAUGAAUAUCUUACUUGAAUUAUUAUCGUUACUCGAUCGUGAUCUUACUUAUGUACUCGAUGUUGUUAAACGAGCAUUACAAGUUAAAAAAACUGGAGCGGGUGAUUCGGAUUUACCAUCAAUAGCUGAAAAAUUAUUACAAGUUCAUAAACCUCUUGUUACUCUUGUUGGUCCAAUGAUCAAUUUAUUGCCAAAUGAAGAUCCAUCGAUUGCUAAAAUUGCUCUACACAAUCUUUCUUUAUUGACACAAUUGAUCGGUAGUGAAGGCAAAGCAAUUCUCAGUAAAAAUCAUAUUCAUAUACUAAGUUCAAUACUUCGAACGUCCGAUACAACAAAACAAAAAUUACUUCUACGUGCUAUAAAACGUUUAAUCAGCGGAGAUAAACGUAGUUUGGAUGUAGCUCGUUCGAAUACGAAUAACGAACUUACUCAAGCAUUACAACAAUUGAAAAAGUCAGCAGCGAGCGAAGCCGAUGCUGGUCUUAUAUCUCAUAUUGAUGAUUUAUUACAUUUACUCAUGUAA